AUGCGACCGCACACAAGUACGCGAACCAUUGGCGGGCUCGAAGAUGAUGAGGAUGAAGAUGAGGAAGACACACGAAAUAUGUCUAAGGAUCGAAUACUGGAAGCAAUUCGACAUAAGCGGGAAAUCAUUGGAAAACUUCGUUGCCAACCGUGGAAUAUGAAGCGAAAACGUAGGACGUUGAAAGUAGCUCAACGGCACCUUCAACGUCAAGAGGCAAAAGUUUCAAAGGCACGGUUACUUAAAGCAGAAGCCGGUAGACGAAUCACAUUAAUGAGUCGAUGGUUUGACAAUUUCAAAAUUUAUCUCAUAUUAUGGGAAGCGAAGAUUAAGCGAAUUGAAAGUCACUUUGGAUCCGUUGUUAGUUCUUACUUCACUUUUCUGCGAUGGACUCUUGGAGUCAAUGUUACUAUGACUGUUAUUAUGUUAAUGUUUGUCAUCAUUCCAGAAUGGUUGGCGGAUUCACGGAUGACGUUUGCGUCGGAGCGCUACAAUCGUACGAAAUCCAUUAAAAUCAUGCCCGAUGAUGUUCGUCUACGUGCCGAUGAAAUGAGCACCGUGUGGGAUUUGGGAGGUUAUAUGGAAUAUUCCUUGAUAUUUUAUGGUUACUACUCAAGGGAAACAUUUUUUGGUGAAACAAUUCGAUAUAGAGUACCAGUAGCGUAUUUUCUUUCUAAUAUAUUUGUACUUGGAUAUAGUUUCUUCACAAUUUUAAGGAAGAUGGCUGCUAAUGCACGAACGAGUAAAUUAUCAUCAGGUAAAACAGAACAGUAUGUUUUCAACUGGAAAGCGUUCACAGGCUGGGAUUUCACUAUAGGCAACGCUGAAACUGCCGGAAACGUGCACAUGGCGAACGUCAUUAAGUUCCGUGAGGCUAUUGCUGAGUUUACGGUGAACAUGAAGAAAAAAUAUUGUUGUUUACAAAUUUUGUUACGAUUAUUCGCUAAUUUGCUUGUGUUCACUAUGCUAGCAUUUUCCGUGUGGGCAAUUCUAGCGGUGAGCCAGAUCAGAGAAACGGAUACGUUUGUAAAACAGAAUGCGGUGUCCAUAACAGUCUCCUUCAUUACGCUGAUUUUCCCAAAUCUAUUUGAGCUGAUCGGAAAACUGGAGCGAUAUCAUCCACGAACGGCUCUACGAAUUCAGUUGGCAAGGGUUCUGUGUUUGUACAUUGUUAAUUACUACACGCUCAUCGUCUCGCUGAUGAUGAAACUGAGAGAUAUUGAAAAUGAACGGAAAGUUCUAGAGGAAUCCCAAAUGGUUGCAAUAAACUCGAUUAAUGGGUUACGAACAGUCAAUCAAAAUCGGACAGUACGUGAUUUGGUUACAUCAUCGUUUUCCGAUCAUAUUUCUCCACACACUACACCAGCCCCUCUAGAGCCGUGGACUACGGUGCUAGCUGAUUUCGGUCCAAUUGGAGUGUCGAAUCCGAAGGCUCUAGUUUCCAAGGACAAUUCUAUGCACAAUGCCAGCGUCGUCAUUACGCAUCAGAUCGGACCGAGCGAUGUCUGGCAAACUCCUUAUGAGCAGAUCACUCGUAACUACACAGUUUACACGUGCGUAAGAAGCUGCUAUUAA